ACAGAUCGCUUUACCUUCUUCCUUCCUUCCUUCCUUUCUCCCCUGCCCUGCCCUUCCGCCUUCCCCAAAUUUCACCCCCACCAUAAAAUCACCCUUCUUCUUUGUCCCCCCACUUUUACUUUUACCAUUUCUCGCUUCCCCUCACUUACUCUCAGUACUUGUUGCUUGCUCUCUUUCUGCAUUCCCAACCCAACUCUCCUUCUCUCUAACUCUCUCCUUUUUGUCCUUCUUUUUCUACUUUACUAUUUUUAAAAUAAGUAGGAGGAGAAGAAGAAUGCAUGUUUCUCCAGUCGUUCGUUGUUGAAACAAGAAAGUAAAUAUCUUUCCUUCCAGAGAAGGAAAUGGCCACCGCCCCUGCAUCAGGUUGUUCUCCUCAGUCUUCCUCCGUCAAAUCGUUGCCGCCUCCGUGCCCCAAGUCGCCGCCGGACUACCCUGACUUGUAUGGCAAGCGCAGGGAAUUGGCUAAAGUUCAGAUGCUCGAGCGAGAAAUCAACUUCCUUGAGGUUGAGCAUUUCCCCUGUUUUUUUUUUUUUUUUUUUGGUUCUCUGUUUUGCUAAAAUGUUAUGCUUCAAUUUGAACCAACGCUCUUUACCGUGAAGCUCUUUUCUUUUUUGCUGGUGGUGAGUAGAGAGAGAGAGAGAGAGAGACUAAAGGCUUACAACCCAACCCCAAAUUAUGUUAAGGCAACAGGAAAGUAGUACACUUCAAUUGUAGCCAUAAGGACUUUGGUAGCUGAAAUUGGUCCCCUGAAAGUUGCUAUUCCUCCCCUGUUUUUUAAUUCAUCUUUGCAAAUAGCAACCCGAAGAAGCCCAACUCCACAGUCAGAGAGUGCAGAAAUCCCACACUAUCUUUGAGUUAUGAUUACAGUGAAAAGCAGUAAAACCAUCUCCUUCUGCUGCCUCUUAACAGCUGCCAUCCUCUUCAAUCUUCAUGCAGAGAAGAUGAACCCCACUCUCACUCCCACAACCCCAAAAGUCUGCAGGGUUUAUCUCUCUCUCUCUCCCCCUCUCUAUACUACAAACUGUCGGGUUCAUGGGUGGAUUUCCACUUUUGCUUAGUUAAUUAUUGUCCUCCUUUUCCAUGUAACGUGAUGAAGUCUAAUGAAUUAACAACCCUCUAAUUGGAUUGGUGGGUAUCUGCUUGAUUUUGGGAUUUUGUUUCUCCACCUUCCAUUUUCACCCAAUUAACUGUUUUGGCUACUGAGCAGGAAGAGCUAAAAUUUGUACAAAACCUACAGCCAGCAUCCAAAUGCUGCAAAGAAUUGAGCGAUUUUGUGGUGGGGAACCCGGACCCUCUGAUACCAACAAACCGAAAGAAUAGAAGGUCAUGUCGAUUCUGGAAAUGGCUAUGUGGGAUCCCCUGUUUCAACUUCUCAUGGAUUUGUUGCUGCUGCUGCUCCGGAUUCUCUUGCCGUUGUCCGAAUUUGCCUCGCUGCUGCCUCUGCAAUCCCUGCCCUCGUACAUCCAAUUGCUGCUCCAGCCGUGACAGCGGCGGCAGCUGCUGUAAUAACUGCAACAGAUGCCUCCCGCCGCCGCCCAACAAGUGGUGCUGCUGCAGCUGCAGCUGCUUUUCUUCCGCCGCUUCCUGUGGCUGUCGUUUACCCAGCUUCAGAUGCUGUAAAAAGGACGGCAGCGGCGGUAGCGAGGAGAGCAAUUCCUGCUGCUGCUGCUGCUGCUGCCCAGAUUUGAGUUCUUGCUGUUGCGCUUUCAAGUUCCCUUCUUUUUCUUGCUGCUCGAAAAAUGGCUGCUGCUGCGACGGCCGCAAUUGCUCUGGUUGCUGCACAUGGAAAAAAUGGUGGUGCUGCUGUCCCAAGGUACGGCGCCCUCGUUGUUGCAAAUGUACAAACAAUCCUUGUAACUGCCGCUGCAGUAAUCCAUGCUGCUGUUCAUUCUUCUGGUGAUUUCCCGAGAAAGAAAAAGAAAAGUGAGGAAUUAUUGUGUACUCCAGGAGUACCACACAGGCGUUUAGGGCUCCCAAACAUAGAAGACGACGGUUGCUACAUCGGAAACUCGAAAGUCGGAACUAUGGAGCAGGACACGCUCUAG